UCUGUAAACUAGGCAGUGUUAGGUCUUUGGAAAUUAAAGCUGAAGGAUCCCUACUGAGAUCAGUGGAAGCGAUUGUGCGAUUCCGUUCGGUGUUAUUAGUUGUACUGUUUUGUUUCAGUCGGACUACUGGAAAUAAACUAAGCUCGCGCAGAAUUCUGGGAGUUGUAGUUUUUCCAUCUCGGAUUGUUACGGGUGACUGCGGGCCCAAUUCGCCAGCGAUCCUACUAUUUCGCGUAUGUUGUAGAACGGACGCUGGAGUCAAGCAGGAUACGUCUUCAGCUCUCGGGAAGAUUAAGCCAUUGAACGAGUAAACUACCCGUCACGUGGUGGCAGCAUGGCGUGUUUCGCAGAUUUAAAUAUCGUCAAUCUGGGUGAUAGAAAACGAAUGCAAACUAUAAUAGAAACUGCGGCGCAUCUUGGUUACUCGACAGUUGCAAUUAAUCACGUGGUUGACUUUCAACAGAAAGGGCAGGAAAUUACAAAUCCAGUAUCCAUUACAGAGCUUUUUCCAUCUCCACCUAUUGUGCAGGGAAAAUCGAAACCAAUUAAAAUUCUGACCAGACUUACUUUGAUUGCGUCUGAUGUUUCACAUUACAAUCAAUUGAGAACUGCUUACCCUCAGACGACGCCAUAUGACAUUAUAGCUGUGGAACCCAAAACAGAAAAGUUGUUUCAUGUGGCUUGUAUGACUUUAGACGUUGACCUAAUUUGUAUUCAAGGAACAGCAAAGCUACCAUUCCGUAUUACCCGGCCUCCUGUGAACGGGGCUAUUGCAAGAGGAAUCCAUUUUGAAAUAACAUAUUUUCCUGCUAUUAAUGAUUCCACACUAAGAAGAUACACCAUUUCAAAUGGAAUCUGCCUGAUAAACGUAUGCAAAGGAAAGAACAUAAUUGUGUCAAGUGCAACUGAAGAGUUCUUGGGACUGAGAGGACCAUAUGAUAUUUCUAACUUUGGAAUGCUUUUUGGCCUAUCUGAAGGAGAUGCCAAAGCUGCCGUAUCAACAAACUGCAGAGCUGUCCUUCUGCAUGGAGAAACCAGGAAAACUGCAUUAGGUGUGAUCUACACCGCAAGAAAAGUUACAGCAACUGAAGAGAGAGAAGAAGGAAGACCUUGUUCCAAGAAAGCCAAGACUGAAAGUAACCGAUGAUAGGAUGAAAACCUUGUUAUUACCCAAAUUUUAUUUACUUUAUAAAUAUGAAAGUAUGUCCAUAGUUUUUUGAAUAGUGAUCUAACAACAUUGUGCUGUUGUAGUAACUUUUUAAAUUAACAUUAAAUAUUUCAGUCAUCAAAAAUGAACUUCAAAGUUCAUAAUUAAGUUCUAUAACCAGUUAGAUGCAGUGUUAAUUCAAAAUACUAUUCUGUCAGUUCUGAAUUCCAAGCUGUGAGAAAUUCAAAGAUGGAACAAACAAGACAGGGAAAAUAGUGAAUAAAUCUUUUAAUAAGGACCACAUUUUGGUGUGGUUUCUUCCUGUCCAUUUCUAAGGCAAUAAUAUGUUCCUAUAUAUAUCAUUCAUCCAAAAAGAAACUGUUCCAUGGAUGGAUGGAUCACGAAAAGGGUGGGAGGUAGAGUCUGGAGAUGCUUUUGUCCCCUUUCCCCUUUCCUUAAAACCACUUGGAGUCAUUGACCCAAAGUUGCUCUCAAAGGUACUUUCUCAUUCUUUGUACUGAAAUACUUGUCCAUAGCAUAAAGAAUUAUCUGGAUGUGUGUGGCAAGUUUUGAAUACUCCAUUUGUUCAAUAGCUAGGUCCAAGUUUUGCUCUACAAGUCCUAUUCAGCAUAUCCAGCAUUUACAUUACAGGCAAUUCAUUGGAUGCAGACCAGAUUUUUAUGCCAAAGUUUAUUAUUGUAAAGACAGCGUAUUCAUACAAAAGCAGCUCUGAGUCUUCAUGCUCUCAAAGUAAGGUCAAAUCUGGUCUUGCUGUUGGGGGAGCAAUGUAUGAUAGUAUCGUCAGCCAAGUCACUGGAAUGGAAUGCUGUCAAUGGUUUCCAUGUUAUAAACAGAAUGCAUCAGCUACUGGAAAUGAUGCAAACUAGAUUUGUCAUGAUGGUGCCAUAAAUGGAAGGCUGUAACUGUCACAAAAACAUACAUUCUCUCUAAGCCUUUCAAUAUUCGAUAGGUUUCAAUGAGACCCCCCCCCCCCCCACUCCAGUGAGUAUAGUCCAAGAGCAAUCAAACACUCCUCAGACAUUAAUCCUUUCAUUCAGGAAUAAUUCUAGUUAACCUCCUGUGGACCCACAUGGACCCUAAACUGCACACGAUACUCCCAAGUGAAGCCUGAUAAAGCCUCAGCAUUACAUCCUUGUUCUUGUACUCUAGUCCUUUCGAAGUUAAUGCUAACAUUGCAUUUGCCUUUCUUACCACUGAUUCACCUGCAAAUUAAUCUUGCACAAGGACUCCAAGUCCCUUUGUACCUCUGAUUUGAUUAUUAUUUUUUAAAUUUUCCCCAUUUAGAAAAUAGUCUACACCUUUAUUUUUUUCUACCGAAGUAUAUGACCACACACCUUGCUACGCUAUAUUUCAUCUGCCACUUCUUUGCCCAUUCACCUAAUCUAAGUCCUGUAGACUCCCUGCUUCCUCAACCAUACCUGCCCCUCCACCUAUCUUUGUAUUGUCUAAAAAUUUGGUCGCAAAGCUGUCAAUUCUGUUAUCCAAAUCCCUGACACAUAAUGUGAAAAGAAGCGGUCCCAAUACUGGCCCCUGUGAAACACCACUAGUCACCAGCAGCCAAUCAGAACGGGCUCCCUCUAUUCCCACUCUUUGCCUCCUGCCAGUCAACCAAUCUUCUAUCCAAGCUCGAAUAUUUUCUGUAAUAGCAUAGGCUCUUAUCUUGUUAAACAGCCUCAUGUGUGGCACCAUGUCAGUGGCCUAAAAAUCCACUCACUCUCCUUUAUCUACCCUGCCUGUUAUUUCCCCAAAGCAUUCCAACACAUCUUCUCAGGCAAGAUUUCCUCUUAAGGAAACCAUGCUAACUUUGGCCUACUUGAUCAUGCGCCUCCGUGUACCUUGAUCCUUAAUCCAAUAUCUUUCAAUAUCAAUAUCUUGCUUCCAAUAUCUUUCCAAGCACUGAGGUCAGACUAACUGACCUAUAAUUUCCUUUCUUCUGCCUCCCUUAAAGACUGUAGUGACAUUUGCAAUUUUCCACUCCUCCGGAACCAUUCCAGAAUCUUUUGUUUCCUGAAUGAUCAUUACUAAUGCCUGCACAAUCUAAGGUGGAGUCCGUCUGGUCCAGGUGACUUAUUGACCUUCAGACAUUUCAGCUUCCCAAGCACUUUCUUCUUGGUUAUAGCAGCUACGCACCCUUGAGACCCCUGACACACUCAAAUUUCUGGCAUACUGCUGGUCCCUUCCACAGUGAAGACUGAUGCAAAAUACUUAGUAAGGUCAUCCACCAUUUCUUUGUUCCCUAUUACUACCUCUCCAACAUCAUUUUCUAAAGGUCCGAUAGCCACUCUCGUCUCUCUUUUAAAUCUUUAUAUAUCUGAAAAAAACUUUCUUAUAUUAUUGGCUAGCUUGCCUUAAUAUUUCAUCUCUUCUCUCUUAAUGGCUCUUUUAGUUGCUUUUUAAAAGCAUUUCUAUCGUCUAGCUUCCCACUAAUUUUUUGCUAUUUUUAUGCCUUCACAUUAACUUUUAUCCUAUCUUUGACUUCCCUUGUCAACCAUGGUUGCCUCAUCCUCUGUUGACAAUACUACUUCAUCUUUGGGAUACAUCUUUCCUGUGCCUUCCAAAUUGCACAGAAACUCCAGCCAUUGCUGUUCUAUCGUCAUCCCUGGUAGUGACUCCUUCCAGUCAAUUUUGGCCAGAUACUUUUCGUGCUUCUAUAAUUUCCUUACAUCUGACUUUUUCCUUCUUAUUCUCAAAUUGCAGGGUGAAUUCCAUUACAUUAUGAUCACUGCCUCCUAAGGGUUCCUUUACUUUAAUCUCCCUAAUCAAAUCUGGUUCAUUACACAAUCCAGAAUUGCCUUUUUCUUGAUGGGUUCAACCACAAGCUGCUCUAAAAAGCCGUCUUAUGGACAUUCUACAAUUCCCUCUCUUGGGAUCCAGCAUCAACCUGAUUUUCCCAAUCUACCUGCAUAUUGAAAGCCUCCAUCACUAUCACAAUAUUGACCUUAUUACAUGCCUUUUUUUUAAUCUCACAUUGAAAUUUAUAUCCCACCUCCUGCCUACUGUUUGGGCCCUCUAUGUAACUCCCAUCAGGGUCUUUUUAUACUUGCAGUUCUUAACUCUACAGUACUUACAAGGAUUCUACAUCUCCUGAUCCUAUGUCACCUCUUUCUAAAGAUUUGAUUUCAUUUUUUUUUUAACCAACACCCACCUGACCCCCUCUGCUUACCUGCCUGUUCUUUGGAUUCAAGAUGUAUCCUUGGAUGGUAAGCUCUGAACUUCUUUCAGGCAGAAUGAAGUGAUGCCACAUCAUAUCUGCCUAUCUAGCUGUGCUACAAGAUCACCUACCUUAUUCAGUAUACUGGGUGCAUUCAAAUAUAACAUUCAAUUCAACACUGUAUUCAUCAUCUUUUUCAAUUUUGCCUGGAUGUUGCACAUCAAUUCAUCCCACUGACUGCAAUUUUUGCCCUAUCAUCUACUGUUCUUCCUCAGAAGGCCAAAUGUAAUCAAUUUACAGAGGGCAGAAAAAGUGCAUUUUCCAAUAGUAUGGUGAGGGACCAGAAAUAGGUGUUAAAGAUGAACACUGCUGGGGUGCUGGUGGAGUAAUAUGUAACCUUUCAUGGGGCUAGAAAGCAAAAACAAAGAUUGAAGCACUCAGAACGUUACCAAUAACAACUUGGAAAAGUGCCAUCACCCGGAAAAAGAAUUAAGUUAGGAAAAUGAAUGCAAUAUUAAAAGUAAUAUUCUAGUUAGGUGUAGGAAUUGGCAGACACAAGUAAAAAGUCCAUCACUUGAGACGACCUUGACAGCACCUUUCACGUAAAGGAAAUAAGUUAUGGCUUAGAGGAAUUAGUGUUGGUGACUCUCGGCACUAAUUCAAUUUUUCAGUUUGAUCACAUUUCUGUUUGUGGCUUCUAUAAUGAUUAUUUACAUAAUUAUUUGGAUUUUUGCUCAGUCACACGCUUAUUUGAUAGUUACAGCCUUGUACUACAUGAUUAAUUAGUUAUUUGAAUUA